AUGUUAGAACCUCCUACGAAUCUUAUUCAUGAUCCGCCCUCCUACAAUUGCACCCCCCUGUCCAGCCAAUCAGAGAGGCGUGAUUUACUGUCGGCAACAGUUACUGCCAGAAAAUGGACCAUUUUUCUGACCCAUUUUUACUGCCCACGGCAUGCCCUAAGUCGACCUCGGGAGAAUUGGAAGAUUCCAGGACAGAUGACUGGACAGGUCACUGGGUCCAGGCAGGCACGUGCCAAACCAGGCAUCACCAAAUCCCAAAAAUGUUUAUCUUAUGAAUACCCGCUCAAGGGACCUCAUUUGCCGUGGCAACAAGGCGUGGCUGAUGCACCAGCCGUGGAACAGAUGGAAUCCGUUAAAGUCGGCUGUGGACAUCUUCCGAUCGUGCAAUUCGAGGCAGUUGCUUCUUCAAAUGAACGCAUGUGUUUGGAGACUAAUCGCGAAUUAAGAGGCUGA